AGCUGUCUCUCUGGUCUAGCUUUUGUUUUAGCAGAGUAUAAGCUUCCCUGGAAACAAUCGGAUUGACUGCAUCAAUUUCUCACAAUGUGCAAGUUUUGCAGUAUUAAAUGCUGGUUCAUCUUCUUCAAUAUGCUCUUCUUGGCAUCCGGGGUUGCCCUCAUCAUCAUCGGAGCACUACAAUACUCGACUUACUCACAGAUGGGCACUUUUGCAGGGAGUGGCCUGUCUAAAAUUGCUAUAGUCCUCAUUGCAGUGGGUGUCACCAUAGCCCUCAUCUCUAUCUUGGGGCACAUUGGGGCAUUCAUUAAUAAUUCUUCUAUGGUGGCUUGUUUCAUCUGCAUCCUGAUAGUGAUCAUCCUUUUGGAGAUACUCACAGGCGCUGCCUUUUAUAUUCUCCGCAGCAGGACUGCCCUCCUGCAGAUGAAUAGUGGCAUCAAUACGAAAGCACGAGAGGUGAUCUCUGACUACAGCCCAGAGAACAGACACGCUAUCAACAGAAUUCAGGAAAAGUUCAGCUGCUGUGGUGCAGACAGCUACAUUGACUGGUCCAGGAGUGUGGGCUGGGAAAACCACGAUGCCGUACCGGAUUCCUGCUGCGUGGUGAAGAGUGAGGGUUGUGGACAGGACAAGACAAAAGUCCACACAAAGGGUUGUAUCUGGGCUAUCAAGCUCUUUCUGUUGAAAAACUUGGUGUGGGUUGGUGCUGUCUGCAUUGCUCUUGGGAUCACAGAGGUUUUUGGAGUGUUAGUCGGGGUGUGCUUGUGUCUGGACAUAAAACGAAAAAACUAUCAAAAUCUCAGCUAAUGUGCCACCAUGUCCAAGCACGGUCGUCCUCCUAAAUCAGUGACAGUUUUUUUUUCUUG